AUGGGAGGUUGCUGCUGUUCUUCGAGGAAGUCUCAUCUUGUUGGAACUCCUGUCUACUAUUAUUGUCCACAGUCGUUUGAAGAGGUUGGGCCUUCAGGAGCUCGAGCUGGUGUGGGAUCAGGAUCAGCCUUCACCACAGGCCUCUUGGAGACAUCUAUACCGGACACCUUUUGCGCUCCUGCUCCUCUUCCUUACGAUCUGCUUCUGGGGAGACCAGAUGCCGAGUCUAUCAAGGCAAGGAUUAGUAGCGGAAGCAGUUUUCAGACAUGUGAAGACGAUCUCAAGGCAUCUGACUGUAAACCUCAACCUAGCUCAGUGAUUCUUUCGCCUAGGAAAUCAGAUUUCUUCUCUAAACAAAAAGGAGCUAAGAAAUCGGCAGAUGAAGAGGAAGACUCCUGUCCCAUUUGCUUUGAAGAUUAUGAUGUUGAGAAUCCUAGACUCAAGACCAAGUGCGACCAUGAUUUUCACCUUUCUUGUCUUUUGGAAUGGAUUGAAAGAAGCGAUACUUGCCCUAUUUGCGAUAAGGAAGUUGUGUUUGAUGACUGCUUGAAGUAG